CCUGUUGUUGUCAUGGCGCCGUCGUUUCAAACCGUUGUCAGGAUCAGAUUGGGAUUAAAAACAUUAUGCAGGAUGUAUAAUUUAGUUCGUAACUGUAAUCGAGAAUAUAUUCCCUAAUUCAAAACUAGAUUUAAUUGUCAAGAACGAUGGAAAAGAUGUCUGAAUCACUAGUUUUGAGGUUUACUUAAUAUAAACAGACAAUAGAUUAAAAUAUGCGUUAGCUUUCUCAUGCUAACAUCGAUUAGCAUAAGGGUUUAAUUUUGUUUACAUUUUUUUCCGCAUUACUUUUAUUGUUUCUUUCACUGCAAUGACUGCAGAGUCCUUGUCAAAUGGAACUAUUGGUUCCCUGGGACUUCAAAACCAGGGAAGAAAUUGGGUCACUAAAGGAUCAACACGGAACGUAAUCGACCAAUAUUCAGCAACUAGGACAUCCCAAACAAAGUUGUUGUUCAAUGAAGCCAUUCCUCUGAGCGCUAUCAACCGUGCUACUCGUGUCGGCCCCCCAGCUCCCAUUGUGAUAGAGAGACUGCUUCCAUGUUCAGAGAUGCGUGAAAGUGCGGGCAGCCUUAAACACUCUUGCAGCUUCUCGGUGCUCUCUGAGGAGAGGCUUCAGGCUGCUGUUAAACUGGCCAAGCGAGAUCUAAGACGAAGGCACCUUGAGUCACUAGCAAAGACUUCAAGGAAACCUUUGCAGGAGUCUUCUGUCUUUGAAACUAGUGAUGUGGAGCUGCUUCAGGAGAUAAUAGCAACUCCAGGCAGGACACAAUUAAAGGAGAAAAAGGCUCAAACUGAUGUUAAACAGCAGACAUCCAAGAAAAAAGCUACAUCUGUCAUGGCUCGUGUUGGGCAGUCUCCUCCAACUAGAGACCCCGGUCUAAGGCAGUUGGAAGCAGGGAAACAAGGACACUUAAGCAGUGAAAUCCUCAAACUGCACAAUGAGCUGGAAACGUGUAUACGGAAAGUGGAGGAGCUCGCUCAUCGAGGUGAAAAACCGGAGGAGUCUUUGGAACCUGAAGAGCAAAACAAAUGGGAGAUUCGCAGACAGAAACAGGCAGCCAACUCAGCACGUACCAUCUACGUCCUUCAGCGACAGGUAAAAGAGAUACAAGACGACAUUGAAAAACUCAGAAGAGAAAAAAUGUGGGAUGCAAAAAAGUCUGUUGCAAUUAACAGGCUGGCAGCAGCCCACCGUGGCGCUCUCAGGGCCUUACAGGUCGUCAUCCACCAGCUUUCAGAUCAGGCUCAGACCAAGGUACCCCCUCAUUAUAAGGAACUGGGCCAGCUGAUCCGCCAGCUAUCUUUGUGCUCCGCUAAGGUUGAAGUGGACCAAGGUUCAGAUGUCCCUGAGACUGCACUGGAUAUCCUGCAGAAACUAGAGAUUUUAGAUUCGGCCCUCAGUAAACAUGAUAUGCUUGAGAAGAUGCAGGCCAGGGCCCAUCCUCCACCCAGGAAGUCUCCUCAUCGCAGCACGUCUCCCACUAGUGGGCCCAAGAGUCUCAGCGUGUUCACAGCUCAAGGCCAUCGCAAACCACCAAAUCCUAGAGGAGGUCGAAGUUUUGCCUUGCAAAGGCCAAAAAUAGUUCCUAACCAGCCUCUAAACAAAAGAGAACUGCUGACGGUCGGUCUGCAGAGCAUCAUCCAGCAGAGGGAGCUCAAACAGCCUCUUAGACAAUCCCAGCCCAACACCAAGUAUCAGAGAAGGAGGCAUGCAGAGAGGAAAAAAGCUGGCAAAACAAAGCCUAAUCAGAUGCAAGAGGCUGGUUUCCAGCAGCCUACAGUUUCCUCACAGCUCAGAGUGAAUCAGAUGCCUCAGAAGGAGAAAUCUGUGCCCUGGAUGCCAACAUCACCCCACUCUCCUCCUCAGCAGCGAGUCCCUCAGAGGGGAAGACCUGAGCCUCGCUGCCUCUUCUCUCCUAUCAAGCCCUCAGCGAGCCCCCCAGGAGAGCAGCAGGCAGAAGGUCAGCUGGAGGCAGAGCGAAAACAGAGUUCUCCAAAGAUGAAAGCGGCUCACAAUGAAGCAAUAAGGAGAGCUUAUCAGGAGAAGAUGACCAUGCCGAGAGUGACUCGGCUCAGUGGAGAAGAAGCCACGCCCAAGCACAGACUGAGGUCUGAAGUUGCUUUUCAGAAUCAGUGGGCUGAGGAAGCUGAACAGGGAGUCAGAGAGAGGAGUCAAGGACCUUCUAAUAGAAUACAGCAGGAAGGCGCUGCCAGGAACAGGUCUGACAAACUGAGGAAGAUUCAGCUCCCAGAAGUUACUGCUGAGAGGGCAGUGGGGGAUUGUGGGUGGCUUGGUGAGUCUGUGUCAGAUUUGUUGGAGGACUCUUCGAGUGAUUCGUGGGCGGCAGGAACAGGCAGGCGGUUGGACGACAAAGCCGGGUUUGGGCAGCAGGCCCUUACCCUGGAGAGCAUGCUGCUUCGUAUGGAGGAGAUACAGAGGGACGAGGAAGAAGUGAGGAGACGGUUCGCCUCCAUCGCCUAUUCAGACACUCUUUACUGGGACCGCUCAAGGACGGCAGGAUCCCAGGCUCAGGCUCCAGGAUCUAGGCCAGCCUCUCCCCAACCAAUUAGGCUCACGAGGCCGGUGCUGAAACAGACUUCUGCAGCUGAUAUUCUUCUGGAGAAGCCCAUUGAGGCAGGGACGCUGUUUGAGAAGAACCCGACAGAGGACCUAACCCAGGUUCAGCCGCUAGCCACAAACAGAGUGUCCAGUGACAAACUAGGAAAAAACAUGACUGUGCUCUCGGUGCCAAGCAGCACGCUAAAGAACAUCCGCCGCUACAAGGAAGACUACAACACCUACCUGCAGUCCGUGUCCCACGGGGUUAAGGACAGCUUCAACACCUGGGUUACUACAGAAAGCCUGGCUGAGGAGAUCCUGUCAGAGGCCCUGGCUGACGUGGCUAAAGAGUUUCAGGAGGUUGUGGAGGAGUAUGCAGAGGCCAUCUUCACCUCAGAGUUCCUGCAGCCCAUCCAGUCCCCUCCUGCUUCAGCUGUGAGCAGCUAGUAGGACACCUCAACUGUUUGCUGCAGUUUCUUUAUAAAUGAAUUGUACUCUGCAAAUGAUGGAUGUAUGUUUUGAUGGACAGCUACAAAUAUUUAUUUUUAUAGAAUUUUAUACAUUUCAAAAUAUGUUUUUUCUUUGCAAGCAAUGUAUUUAUUUUAUAUAGUAAAAUUGUCAUUUUCCUGUGAUUUCAGCUAUUUUUAAAGAAAAUGCUGCUAAAUAAUUUACACAGGGAAGAAAUGGUCUCAUCACUCUUUAUGGUCCAUUUGUAUCUGUGAAAGUAUUCCUCAGGGAAAGUUAGUUUAGGGUAGAUAAGCUUUGAGAGCCCGAUAUGACAUUAUAGAGGAUUAUACGAUUACUGCCCUCCCUUUGCACUUGGGUUGAAAUCUCCCUGAGGAUUACUCACACUUCCUACUUUCAUGGUGGAAUACGGAAAUGAAUUAUUCCAUAUGGUCUCCAUUUAGAAAUGUCUAGAGGGCAAAUUUCAUCUUGUGUUUAUUUCUGCUGCUCCUUAAAUUCUGCUUGUGCCUUAUUCUCUAAAUAAAUGG